UUUUGUUUUUGCUACCAUUUGGUUCCAAGACUUGGACGAAAGGCGUUCAUCCCACUUAGACUGGAUAAUAUACGCAUAAGAACGUCGACCCGCCCCUGCCAAGCCUUUUAGAUGAAAGAGCGCCUAUCGCUCUACCAUUAUCGCUUUGAAACACCAUAGUGCCACGCCUCGUUACAUAUUUCUCGAAAAGGGUUUUUUUACUUAUCUUAUACUUCGAUCUCGACCAUGGAAAAGUCUGAUGAAAAGGCAGCCCAUGAUUCCUCGGGCCAGCCCAAUAGCAUCAGGGCCUCGCAGCCUGCAAAUGCCGAAUAUGACAUCUCGACACCCGAGGGAUCCGUGAAUGAAAAGUCCCAUCGGUCUUCAAGGGAAUGGGCAGAAGGAUCUUCUGAAUCUCGCCAGGUCAACGGCGAAGAAGUCGGAGAGGGAUCGGACGCUGAGCCUCAAAGCUAUGCUACCGCACCCCGAGCGGUAUCGCGUGCGUCUUCGGCGAGGUCGAGGGCGCUCAGUGUGGUCCCUACUAGCAGACGGCGCGGCUUGUUUGCACGCCUUGCCGUCAUCGUCCCGGAGGUUUAUCGGCCAUUCGAUUACUCAAACAAGACAAAAUGGGCCAUCACCUGUAUCGUUGCCCUGGCUGCCUCGGCUGCCCCCAUGGGUUCUGGUAUUCUUUACCCUGUACUUACAGAUGUUUCGGUUGAUCUCAAGACGUCACCGACUAUCGCAAACUUGACAAUCGCAGUAUACACUCUUGCUAUGGCUAUUUUCCCAAUAUGGUGGUCAUCUUUUUCAGAAACAUUUGGUCGUCGGACCAUAUAUAUUGUCUCUUUUGGCCUUGGUAUAGUCUUUUCAAUAUUGAGUGCCGUCAGCACCAACAUCGCAAUGCUUAUAGUGAUGCGAGUGCUCGGCGGAGGCGCCUCGGCGUCUGUCCAGGCCGUGGGGGCUGGUACUAUUGCCGACAUCUGGGAGGUCCGAGAGAGAGGGAAGGCUAUGGGAAUGUUUUAUCUCGGUCCACUGAUGGGUCCUCUACUUGCUCCCAUUGUCGGAGGUGCCCUUGCACUGAAAUGGAAUUGGAGAAGCACCAUGUGGUUUGUGACGAUACAUGCAGGGCUCGUGUUUCUCAUGCUCUUGUUUUGCCUCCCCGAGACACUCAGAAGGAAAGAAUCCGAGCAGUUGCCGCGAACGGUUGAACGCAACGCCACAGAUGACCAGCCGCAGCUCUCUCGUUCGGCGACACGACAGUCGAUCGCGAAAAGCACCAAGGACUCGGUCAAGACAGUCAAACGCUAUGUUAUCGACCCUUUAAAAGUGUUAGGGACUCUUCGGUUUCUUCCCAUUGCCGUCACGGUCUUUAUCGCAGCCAUCACAUUUGGCUCGCUAUUUGUACUGAACAUAUCAGUUCAGUCGGCCUACUCGAAAUCGCCGUACGGGUUUUCGACGCUCAUAGUCGGCCUUUUGUACAUCCCCAGCUCGCUGGGCUACGUCAUCAGCUCCAUAUUCGGCGGACGUUGGAUCGACUACAUCAUGACGCGAGAGGCCCGCAAGGCAGAGCGGUACGAUGCAGACGGGAAGCUCAUCUACCUGCCCGAAGACCGCAUGUGCGAGAACGCAUGGCUGGCUGCGGCGCUCUACCCCAGCGCGCUCAUCAUGUUUGGCUGGACCAUCGACAAGGGUCUGUACUGGGCGGUGCCGAGCGUCGCCAGUUUGCUGUUCGGCCUCAGCAGCAUGCUGAUCUUUUCGGCCGCGACCACGAUGCUCACCGAGUUCAUGCCGUCCAGGUCGUCGAGCGGCAUCGCUGUCAACAACUUUGUCAGGAACAUCUUUUCUUGCAUUGGAACUGUCAUCGCGCAGCCGCUCAUCAAUGCGAUGGGAGUCGGAUGGCUGUGCACCAUGGUCGGGCUCCUGGCUCUGAUCUUGAGUUUGGGUAGUGUGUAUACGCUCAAGAGGUUUGGGUCCAAAUGGAGAAAAGAGAUGGACCUGAAGUUGGUCAAAUAA